CUCGACGUUGCAAGUUACUUUACCGUGUUCCAGGAGAGCCAACAGCCGCAUUUUUUAGCGCAUUUUAAACCUGGAGCCUUAAAGCAUCCGUCGGAAAUAAAGGUGCUGAUAAGAUGGGGAACAAUUCAAUGAAAUCAAAGCGAUACAGACACGCUGACGGCUCCUUCUGUGCAUCGAAUGGCUGUGUACACAAAGACCAGGGCUGUGAGCUCAAGCGGUCACACUUUUACGCUCUGAGGAGUAGAGUGGAGGAGCUGGAGAGAGAUGGCAAAAGGAAGGACGAGGAGCUUUGUGCCAGAGAGCAGCAGAUCAAAGGCCUCCAGGAGCAGCUGGUCAAACAGACACAGGUGCUUGCCGAGCUCAGCGAGGAGCUGCAGAGCAAGUGCCUCCAGCUUGGCAAGCUGCAGGAGGUCAUGAGGAACCACACGGGAACCUCAGGGGCUCUGGCACAGCCAUCCCAGGCUAAAACCAGCGACAAGACCAGCCCCAGCCUCAGCCAUCAAAACAAGGAGACACUCAACAGGAGGAAAGGUGCCAAGGCCGGGGUGUCGGCCGAACCCACCUCCAGGACCUAUGACUCCAGCAGUCUGCCCAAGUUCUCCUUUGAGAAGGCCCGGGUGCCCAAAGAUGGGAGUGUGAAGAAGCUGCUGACCGAAGCCCUGAACAAGAACCAGUACCUGAAGAGGCUGGAACUCCCACAGAUCAAAGACAUGGUGGAAUGCAUGUACGAGCGCACCUACCAGCAGGGGGAGUACGUCAUCGAGCAGGGGGAACCUGGGAACCAUCUGUUUGUCCUGGCAGACGGGAAGCUGGAAGUGUUUCAACACAACAAGCUGAUCACGUCGCUAAGCACGUGGACCACGUUUGGGGAGUUAGCCAUCCUGUAUAACUGCACGCGCACGGCAUCUGUGCGAGCGGUGAACAAAGUGAGGACGUGGGCUUUGGACCGUGAGGUGUUUCAGAACAUCAUGAGGAGGACGGCUGAGACACGCCAUGAACAGUACCGCAACUUCCUCCGCAGCGUUUCACUCUUGGCUAAUCUACCCGAGGACAAGCUGAGCAAGAUCGUGGAUUGCCUGGAGGUGGAAUACUAUGACAAAGGAGAACACAUCAUCCGCGAGGGUGAGGAGGGCAGCACCUUCUACAUCAUCGCACAUGGAAAGGUGAAGGUGACACAGAGCACAGAGUCCCAUAAGUUACCACAGACCAUCAACACGCUGCAGAAGGGGGAUUACUUUGGAGAGAAAGCACUCAUAAGUGAUGAUGUCAGGUCGGCUAAUAUCAUCGCUGAAGAAAACGGGGUGGAGUGUCUCGUCAUCGACAGAGAGACAUUUGAUCAGACAGUUGGCACAUUCAACGAGCUUCAGAAGUACCUCAAAGGCUAUGUGGCAACACUCGAUCGAGAUGACAAGAAGAGGCACGCCAAAAGGUCAGUGUCACGUCAUCAGAGCCAGCCGUUGUCCCCUCACAACCUCCAACUGAAGAGCCUGGUGUCGGCGUUCCCGGCCUCCCAGCCCUUUGACCACCUCGACGUGGUCGCUACUCUGGGGGUCGGCGGCUUUGGACGAGUGGAACUGGUGAAGAUAAAGGGUGAUGAUGUCACCUUUGCGUUAAAGGUCAUCAAGAAGAAGCAUGUGGUGGACAACAAACAGGAAGAGCACAUCCACUCAGAGAGGAAGAUCCUCGCCGAGGCUUGCUCGCCGUUCGUCGUCAAACUCUAUCGCACGUUUAAGGACAACAAAUAUGUCUACAUGCUGCUGGAGGCGUGUCUGGGAGGAGAAAUCUGGAGUCUGCUGAGAGACAUGGGAUGUUUUGACGAUGCAACUGCCAAAUUUUGCGUUGGUUGUGUCACGGAGGCCUUUGAUUACCUUCAUCGCAAAGGCGUCCUCUACAGAGACCUGAAGCCUGAGAACCUGAUGCUGGACACUGAGGGGUACAUCAAACUGGUUGACUUUGGCUUUGCCAAGAAGAUCAGGUGUGGGCAGAAGACAUGGACCUUCUGUGGGACACCAGAGUACGUGGCCCCAGAGAUCAUCCUCAACAAAGGCCACAACUUCAGUGUGGACUUAUGGUCUUUGGGCAUUCUGGUGUUUGAGCUCCUCACUGGCAGCCCUCCAUUCACAGGGAGUGAUCAGAUGAUGACGUAUACCUUCAUCCUCAAAGGCAUUGAGAAGAUGGACUUCCCCAAGAAGAUCAGCAAAAGACCUGAAGACCUCAUACGGAAGUUAUGCAGGCGGAACCCCUCAGAGCGACUGGGAAACCUGAAGAACGGAAUCAUUGACAUUAAAAAGCACAGGUGGUUUAAUGGCUUCAACUGGGAGGGACUGAAGGCCCGGACAUUACCUUCGCCACUCAAGAGAGAACUCACAGGACCCAUGGACCACAGCUACUUUGACAUUUACCCUCCAGAUGAGGAUUCUCCUCCUGAAGAGCUGUCGGGCUGGGACGUGGACUUCUGAGAGCUCUGCUGUGCACAAAACAACUCAAUCUCACAUGUAACCACGGGUUCCAGGUGACCGCUGAGCUCCGCCUACUUUCCUGCGAACGGCCUCGUUUUAAAAUAUAAUUUAACCUUCAUAUAGACAGUUUUCACUUACAUCAGGAUCAAUAGCAAAAACACCUGCUCCUAAUUUCCAUCAUGCAUGUGAUAAGAUUAUUCCCUGUAACAAGCCCAGAUUUGUCCACCAGGUGGCAGACCGGUAUAUUACAUAAGCAACACAAAGUUGUUUUUUUUUAAUUGAUCUGGUGCAUCAGAGUUAACGAAUUGUAAAUUGUUGAUUCUCGCUGUAAGUAUGUUAAAUUGGAGACGUAC